UCCAGGUUAAUUGUGAUCGCAUAUUAGACACACAGAAGUCCUCGUCUUUUAUUUUUUACUGCUCUUCGGGGACCCUUUGGUUUUUAUUUGAGACAGUUUGAUGAGCUGAUUCCAUGGACCCCCCACGGUCUGCCCUCCCUCUGCAGCUGCAUGGCAACAGUUUUGCUAUGAGCUCUGGACAAGAGCCAAAACUAAACGCAGGAUACAAUGAGAGAGGAGGAGGAAGAGGAGGCCGAGAAGCAGAACUUAAUCAGCAAAACGUGACCUCCUCUGCUGGUGUCAGUUCCAGGUUGAACCCAGAUGAGCGGUCUGAGAGCCCACUGGAGCCCGUGGUUCACUGCUAUGCCAAGGGCAAGCUGGACAUGAAGAGGAGCUGCAGCCUACUCACCAUCUGCCACUCAGGAGUCAUUUUCCCCUGGAUGAAUCCACGGACAACUGGCUCCCAACAAUCUGUCAGCGGCGGCGUGGCAGCCGGUCUAUCAGGCGGUGGAAGGCGGAGUGCAAAGAGGGAGAGGACUGCCUUCACUAACAACCAGCUACUGGAGCUGGAGAAGGAGUUCCACUUCAGCCCCUACCUGUGUCGCCCCCGGAGGAUGGAGAUGGCCGCCGGGCUGCAGCUCACCGACCGCCAGGUUAAGAUCUGGUUUCAAAACCGCAGGAUGAGGUACAAGAGGGAGCACAAGUAUGGAAAGACGACAGGUUUGUCCCAGUGUUCUUACAAUCUGUCCUCGAGCCUGAACUCUUGUGCAAACCGCCUGAGGUUCCAGAGUGCUGUUGGAACUUCCUCCUCCUCCUCAGACUCCAUGGAUUUUGCCUCCAUGUCGUCUCUCUUUGGGGCUUUUAGUGACAGCGGUCAGUGUUUGCACCCUGCAGACCUGCCCCAUCUGAGCUGCACUCUUCCAUCUGUUGCAGCUCCCUCCUGUACAGGCGCUGAUAGUCAUCACCAUGCCGGCGUUUCAAACUGGCCCUAGGGCCUCGUAGCAGCCAUCCCCUCCCGAGCUCAUCAAAAUCUCAAUGAUACAUCUACUUUCUCUUACUUAUGAAAAGCUGGAGGGUGUCUGAUCGGCAUCCCCGGCUUGAAGCCCCCUGAACGCACCCUCACGCCAUUCAUGACACAUUUUAAUUAAACUAUAUGAACGCGUCUUAAUUAAAGAAGAGCUACAGCGACAUCAUUUGUGUUUCUCAGGCGCAGUGACCGCACACUGCUCAUCCCCUCACGUUGCACAUCACGGCACGCACAAGACAUGGGAGAGAAUAAUAAUGACGUGCUUUUUGCUGUAAUUUCGUGGGUGUAACAUUUGUAUUAUUGCAUGUUUAAUGCAUGUGGGGAUCAGACUAUGAGCAUAUUUUCUAUUUCCCUCUGUUGUCAGAUUAUUGUUAAGUGCUUGUCAUCUUUUCGAGUGUCACAUUAGGGCUCUUUUCAUUAUCUACUGUAAAUAGGUCAUUUGUGUAAAAUCUGUGAAAUGGGCAGAAUAAUGUUCAUAUUGAAUGAUGUUAUAUUUUUGUUAAAGCCAUUAAAGGAAACGACAAGUCUUUGAUACAGCUCUUGAUUAAUUGACAUGUCACUUACUGUACAUGCUUAAUAAAUGCA